GCCUCCACUCCUACUCACUUUCGCUCGCUCGCUCGCUCGCGCGCUCUCUCUCUCUCUCUCUCUCCAUUCUGACCGGGGAAUCCUCGCUUUCCGGCAAUUUCCUGCCCGAUUUUGCCCCAAGCCGAAGGCUUUUCCGGGGAAAUUUUCCUUCUCUCGAAUCAAUUUUGCCGCCAAGAUUUUUGGAGAAUUUAGCAGUCUGAAAAUUUCGAUUUGUUUGGUCGGUUCGUGCGAUUUUUCCCACCAGCCCGAAGGUGUGUAGGGAAAUUCUGCGCCAUCCGUACAAUUUUACUGUUAGAAUUCAUGGCAGAUCCGGUUAGUUCGAAAUAAUUGCUUUGGUUGAUCUAUUUCUGCAAUUUUCCGGGAAAAAUUCUUCAUUUUCCUGCCGAAGAUUGUACAAAACCCUAUGAAUCUUGAAUUCUAGAAAAAUUACUGUGAACAGUAUCUAGACAAUCAAGAUUCUUUGUGUUUAAUUUCCACGAGAAAACUUUCCUGAACUUUCGCGCCAAAUUGUCCUAAAAAGAAUACCCUACCGGUCCGAGAUUCGUUGAUUCGUUAAUGGCGGAUUCGGACAACGAGUCUGGCGGGGCGAACAACUGCGGCAACGCGAACAGCGAGCUGUCGGCGCGCGAACAAGACCGGUUCCUGCCGAUCGCGAACGUGAGCCGGAUCAUGAAGAAGGCGCUGCCGGCGAACGCCAAGAUCUCCAAGGACGCGAAGGAGACGGUGCAGGAGUGCGUGUCGGAGUUCAUCAGCUUCAUCACAGGCGAGGCCUCCGACAAGUGCCAGCGGGAGAAGCGCAAGACGAUCAACGGUGACGACCUCCUCUGGGCGAUGACCACGCUCGGCUUCGAAGACUAUGUCGAUCCGCUCAAGAUUUACCUCGCCAAAUACCGAGAAAUGGAGGGCGAGAAGACCUCCUCCGUCGCACGCGAGAAGGACGGAGGCUCCUCCUCCGGCGCCGGCGGCCCCGUCAGCUCCUCCGGUGGCUUUAACGGCGCCGCCUCCGCCGGCAUGUACGGCGGGAUGAUGAUGAUGGGGCACCACCAGGGCCAGAUGUACGGUUCUGGUUAUCAGAUGGGCAUCGGCGGUGGUGGCACCGGCGGCGGAGGAGCAGGUAGGUAGUGGCUUGCUAUCCAUAUUUCUGGACUUCUUAAUUUUUUGCCAUUGCCGUAUGGAAUUCGCAUAGCUCUCUCUUUUAGAUUUUUUGGGUUAUAACUGGAAAUCUCGGGAAGAAAAUGGGGAUAAAGGUAAUGCACAGAGCUUGUAAUGAUGGUGGACUAGAUAGAAUCUCUGUAAUUGGGGGUGAAGAAAGGAAGAAGAUGAUUUGCUGAGAUGGUAUAUGAGAAUUAAGAAGGGGUUUGGGUUUUUUCUUUAGCAUUGUUUUCCUUCCCUUGUUGAUGAUGGUGUUAGUAUUGUAUAUGAUAAACGAAAAUUUGGGAAGAGUUGAAGAACUAACUGGUGUGACAGUUCUGUGUUUAGAAAGGGUAGUCUUUGUACUAUAUAUAUGUGCAGCAGUUUAUUACCAAAUAUGGGAGCAAAUCCAUUUGAGACUAUACUGUACCAAUCUUCCUCUCUGAUCUUUACAUUUCCAUUUGUAUAGUGAUAUUAUCUUCUGUUUACUGAUAGAGAA